AUGGCGAACACCGGGGUGUUGCCGUUCGUGCGGGGUGUGGACUUCAGCUGCAACGACUUCGGCGAUGGCAAAUUUCCCGAAUCUAUGCGUCUCAUGACUGGAAUACAAUGGCUGAAAUUAGACAAAACAAAUUUGGCAGAGAUUCCAGAGGAGAUGGGCAAAUUGCUGAAAUUGGAACAUCUAUCACUUGUCAAAAACAAGCUAGAACGUUUGUACGGAGAAUUGACAGAAUUGGGAUGUCUCAGAACACUGAACAUAAGGCAUAAUAAUAUCAAAUCCAGCGGUAUCCCAGCGGAAUUGUUUCACUUAGAGGAAUUAACAACUCUAGACUUGAGUCACAACAAUUUGAAGGAGGUACCUGAAGGCCUAGAGAGAGCACGUUCCUUGCUCAAUCUUAACUUGAGCCAUAAUCAUAUCGAGACUAUACCAAAUACAUUGUUCAUCCACUUGACAGAUUUAUUGUUUCUGGAUCUCAGUCACAAUAAACUAGAAACGGUGCCACCGCAGACUCGCCGCUUGGCUAACUUACAAACUUUAAAUCUAAAUCAUAAUCCUUUGGGUCACUUUCAAUUAAGACAACUGCCAUCGUUGAUGAAUUUAACGACGCUACAAAUGCGAGACACACAACGAACAUUGAAUAAUAUACCAUCUAGUCUGGAAACCUUAACGAACUUACAGGAGCUCGAUUUAUCACUGAAUAAUUUACCCCGUGUGCCUGACGCGCUGUAUUCCUUAUCGAACUUGCGUCGUUUAAACCUCAGCGACAAUCAGAUAACGGAAUUGUCAACGGCAAUCGAAUUAUGGACAAAAUUGGAGAUUCUAAACGUGUCGAGAAAUAAAUUAAGUGCAAUACCGGCUUCUCUGUGCAAGAUCUUCACAUUAAGAAGGUUAUAUUUAAAUGAUAAUGAAUUGGACUUUGAGGGCAUACCAUCUGGAAUUGGAAAAUUAUCGUCGCUGCAGGUGUUCUCUGCCGCUAACAAUCAUUUGGAGAUGAUACCAGAGGGAUUGUGCAGAUGCGGCUCAUUGAAGCAACUAGUAUUAACGUCAAACCGAUUGAUCACUGUACCGGAUGCCAUCCAUCUUUUGACCGACUUAGAACAGUUAGACUUGCGAGAUAACCCGAAUUUAGUGAUGCCACCAAAACCGACGGAAGUACAGAGAGGAUCGGGCAUCGAAUUUUACAAUAUCGAUUUCUCCUUGCAACAUCAGUUGCGUCUCGCUGGUGCUAAUGUACCGGUUCCAGUUCAAGCUGCCAACAGCAAGGAUCCAAUUGCGCGUAAAAUGAGACUGAGAAGAAGGAGGGAUCAGGAUCAAGAGGCAGACCAAGAUCAAGCCAAGAUACUUAAAGGUAUGAAAGAUAUAGCAAAAGAGAAGAACAAAGAUAAGGAAUGCGAAGAGUCGAAAGCGGAAUCUUUAAAGCCGAAGCGAUGGGAUGAAGCUUUAGAGAAGCCACCGUUGGACUACUCGGAAUUUUUUGACGAGGACGCUGGUCAGAUACCCGGGUUGUCAGUCUGGGAGAUAGAGAACUUCCUGCCGAACGAGAUCGAGGAAGUGGCGCACGGCAAGUUUUACGAGGGCGAUUGUUACAUCAUCCUGAAAACCGGGAUAGAUGAAGGUGGAUCAUUGACCUGGGCGAUCUAUUUCUGGAUUGGUGAAAAGGCAACGUUGGACAAACGAGCCUGUGCGGCGAUCCACGCGGUAAAUUUGAGGAAUUACUUGGGCGCGCAAUGUAGGACAAUCAGGGAAGAGCAAGGGGACGAGUCGGAUGAGUUCCUGAUGCUGUUCGAUUCGGGUAUCACUUACAUCGAGGGCGGCCGCACGUCGUCCGGCUUUUACACGGUGGAAGAUACGCCAGCGAUCACGCGUCUGUACCGAGUGCACGCAGCAGGAGCUUCUAUACAUCUGGAACCGGUCCCAGUGUGCGUCGAAUCUCUGGAUCCGGGUUACGUUUUCGUUCUCGAUACGGGGAACAAGAUCUUUAUGUGGUACGGGAAGAAAGCGAAGAGCACUCUGAAGUCAAAGGCGCGAUUGAUGGCUGAGAAAAUUAACAAGAACGAGCGCAAGAAUAAGGCCGAGAUUAUAACGGAAGUCAUGAACGCCGAGACAGAAGACUUCCUGUUGCAGCUGGGUGUGGAGGAGCACGAACAAAAAAAUCUGCAAAUUAUCGAACACGUGGAUCCAGAUUUCGUACCUCUGGUGCCCAGGUUGUAUCAGGUCCAACUUGGAAUGGGCUACUUGGAAUUACCGCAGGUCGAGGUCCCUCACGGAAAGUUAACAAACACUUUGUUGAACAAUCGCAACGUGUACAUAUUAGAUUGUUAUUUGGAUGUAUAUGUGUGGUUUGGAAAGAAGUCGACGCGACUGGUACGCGCCGCUGCUGUGAAGCUGUCUCAAGAAUUAUUUAACAUGAUAGAAAGGCCGGAAUAUGCAAUGGUGACGAGAUUGCAAGAGGGUACUGAAUCCCAGAUUUUCAAGUCUAAAUUUACCGGAUGGGAUGAAGUGAUCGCCGUGGACUUUACUAGGACGGCUGAAUCGGUCGCUAAAACUGGAGCGGAUCUCACUAAAUGGGCCAAGCAACAGGAAACGAAGGCGGACUUGGCCGCUUUAUUCAUGCCGCGACAACCAUUGAUGUCGGCUGCCGAGGCGCAUCAACUCAUGACGGAAUGGAACGACGAUUUGGAAGGAAUGGAGGCGUUGGUACUGGAGGGCAAGAAAUUCGUACGUUUGCCGGAGGAGGAAUUGGGGCACUUUUACAGUGCGGAUUGUUACGUUUUUUUGUGUCGAUACUGGAUGCCACUAGAUAUAACGGAGAACGAAGACGGUGAAGAGCAGUACGAGGACGAUUAUCAAUGUACAGUGUACUUUUGGCAAGGCAGAGAUGCGGGAAACAUGGGAUGGCUCACGUUUACCUUUAGUUUGCAAAAGAAAUUCAAAUCGUUGUUCGGCGAGAAUCUGGAAGUUGUCAGGACGCAUCAACAGCAAGAGAACCUCAAGUUCAUGAGUUACUUUAAACGGAAGUUCAUUAUUCACCAAGGCAAACGUAAGCAGCCGAAGACCCCAGGCAGCAGCAAGGUGGAGUUUUAUCACCUGCGGAGUAACGGCAGUGCUUUAUGCACUCGGCUUAUUCAGAUCAGUCCGGCGGACUCGACGUUAUUGAAUUCUGCUUUCUGUUAUCUCUUAAAUGUGCCAUUUAACAAUGACGACGGUACUGGUAUCGUGUACGCGUGGAUUGGAUCGGCAGCUGAUCCCGAGGACGCUCGUUUAAUUGGGGAAAUCGCAGAGGCAAUGUUCAAUAAUCCGUGGAUAAGCUUGCAAGUGUUGAACGAAGGUGAGGAACCGGACAAUUUCUUCUGGGUGGCGCUUGGAGGGAGGAAACCAUACGACACUGACGCCGAGUACAUGAAUUACACGAGACUAUUCAGAUGUUCCAAUGAGAAAGGGUACUUCACGAUCAGUGAAAAGUGCACCGAUUUUUGCCAAGAUGACUUGGCAGAUGAUGACAUAAUGAUCCUCGAUAAUGGAGAACAGGUAUUUCUCUGGCUAGGCGCUCGCUGUUCCGAAGUUGAAAUUAAAUUGGCCUAUAAAUCAGCACAGGUGUACAUUCAACACCUGCGUGUAAAGCAGCCUGAAAAGCCCCGCAAGUUAUUUUUGACUGCCAAAGGUAAAGAAUCCAAGCGAUUCACGAAGUGCUUUCACGGCUGGGGUUUACACAAAAGACCGCCGCAGUAAGAUCGAGUCGGAGUUUUUCUACUACGCUUAGUUUCGUACGCAGGCAGAAUAGAUACAAGCGCAACACUCUCACGUAAGUCUCGCGCAGCGCGAUUUUAUUACUUAAUACUUCGUCCGUACUUCGCAUCUCUUCGAUUAAAUAGAAGUCAGUUCAUCGCAAUAAUUUUAUCUAUACAUUUUUUUUUACUUGUACGAUUAGGAAGCGCGAUAAUCGCUUGUCAAGUAACAAUGAGUCUAAUUUUGCAAACUUCACCGUUUCGCGUUUGCUUAGCUUUCGACUUACUAAAUAAUUCCUCACGGGCUGCUUUCUUGAGCGAGCGUUAUUAAGCAUUAAUUUGUUCGAUAGAUAAUUUAAUACACUUUUCUUCAACAGCACCCGGGAAGUUUAUUCCGUUUUAUUCUCGUUUCUUAAUUUAAAUGGAUGUCGGAACAAAAAGUUUUACUCUCGUAUUUUGCAUUUCGUAUUUCAACCAGACUUUUCUUUUACAAUAAGAAAGAAAUCUGUCUGCCUUAACUGUAAUAGUCCGUGUUUCGUUUAUUCAACGAGGUUUAUUUAUUUAUUUAUGCACACAUAUUUAUAAACUCUCAUACAAACUGGACUGCGUAUCUACUUAUAUUUCCUGCAACUUCGUAUUUCUGAUAUAUGUGAUUAUACACAUUUUUGAUUACACGUUGUUCGAUAAAUUGUGAUACAAAUUUUUAUCAUCGAAUCGUAAUGUUAAAGGGGAUUCUCCUUUUUAUAGAAAUAUAGAUUUUUCUGUAAAGGAAGGUGGGUGAACUAUUUGUACAGUCUUGAAAAAAUUAAAAUAGAAUUUUUUUUCUUCGAGUUUCUUAGAAUCGUUUUCAGUAAAUAUAUCAUUAAAAUGUCAAUUCUAAGGAAAUUAUUAGAAAUCACAAUUAGGGAUUUGUGAAUAUUAAUACUGAAGACUGAAAAAAGAUACGUGUAUAACUAUAAUCGAUCGCAUGUGCGUCUGACAUUAUAAUGCUGCCCGAUUGUACAGAUGCCAUAUAAUGAGCGUUUGUGUAUUACUUACACUGUAUUUAACACACAACUCAAUUUAUAGAGAUAUUAUAUAUAUAUAUAUAUAUAUAUAUAUAUAUAUAUAUAGAUUUAUAAUACAUAGAUUUUUUGUAAAAUUCUAUUCUCAACAAUUGUAUAAAUAAAAUAUUUCUAUGAUACUUUACAUAAUCUCAGGUAUUAGAAUAUAUAUCAUAAAUAAAA